UCCAGCCCAAGUGUCUCUGUGAAUUUUCCAAAAAGGUCCCCAGCCCAUUACUCCCCAAUCGUAUCUCUUCCGAUCUGAUCUCUAGUCAACGUUGCAACUCGCCGGCGGCCACGGCCGCCCAAUCCCAGUAGCAGGCAAAAUAUGUACGCGUGGUUGCUGCGAGGGUGCCGACAGCCUGCCGUGUGGGUGGCCGUUGCAACGGCAACCUCGGAUGGAGAUCCAUAUUGAUUUCCGUCGCAUAGGCAGCCUGGGACGACAGCCUCGGACGGAGAUCCAUGUCGAUGACCAUCGCAUCGGCAGCCUGCGCCGGAGGUCCGCGUACAAGGCGGGCUGCAUGCCGGCGGCGACGGCCUGUCAUGGAGACAACAGCAAGCGACCACCACACUCCGGCUACGGCCGUGACCAACAGGUUCCGACGAAGACGGGCGACCACCACAUCCCAACGACGACGGCGACGGCGACCUCAACAGCACAACCCCAAAGUUGGGAGAGAGAGACAGAGCAACUGGGAAAGAUCAUGUGCUGGCUGCCUGGGCUAGAAUGGACAAUAUAUCUUCUACGGAAAAUGACAAUAUAAACAUGUUUGCUAGAA